AUGAAGCUGACCAACAUAUCGUUUCCCCUGAUGCUCCUCAUCAGGGUGACACAGGGCGUUUUCGCCCUCCUAGUCCUAAUCCUCUCAGGCUUCGUCGCACACUGGUACAAUAGCAGCACCAGCUUGAACUCGCCUGCCCAGAUUAACUAUCUCAUCUUCACUGCCAUCUGGUCCUUCCUCUCCCUGGCGAGCAUACAACUUCUCCCGCGCUUUCUCCCGCGAACCCCGAAAUCUUACCUCACGCUCCCCUUCGAUGCAGCAACGGCCGUCUUCUCCUUCGCCGGCUUCGUCGCCCUCGCCGUCUUCCUGCAGGGCCUGCUCUUCUGCCGCGGCGCGCCCUGCCACGCCGCCCAGGCCGACGUGGCUUUUGCCGCCUUCUCCUUCGCCACCUGGGCCGCGUCCACGGCGCUGACCGCCCUGGAGAUGGUCAGGGCCAGGAGGGGUGGGAAGGCGAUGGAGGGUGGCAGGAUGGCGGGGACCGGGGCGGUGCCGAUGAGCAUGGGCACGAAAGAGGCUGCUGCUUGA